UUGACAACUUUAAAGAUCAAAUUGUUGUUUUGCUUUGAUGAUAGGGAUUCGACAUAGUUGAGUAUAAAUAUAUUUAUGUUUUUGAGAACACGAUGUAUGUUUCGUUAGCAUUAUUAACACUGCUUCAUUUCGAAAACUCAGAACUGUUUUACGUUGAGAGGUAUUCAUCAAAAAAUGAUGGCGAUUUUCUUUAUUUAAACGAAAAGCAAUGCAACUUUGUCACUAAUAGCUCGUGGGUAGCUAAAUUUAAUGUCUGUGUAUGUUUUGCUGGAAGCACUUUUCAUAUUUUUAAGGACAAAAUGGGGUGCUAUAAGUCUUCAAAUGAAUUUGAAUCAGAAUGCUCAAAUAAUGAUGUUUCUUUGGUUUCUUGGUAUUCUAAUGAUCUUUUUCUCUGUAUAAUAAUUCCUACCCUUCAGCGAAACUUAUUCAACGUUUAUUUGUAUACAAACAACUCUUGGAAACUGGUGAAUAGUUAUCCUAAAAAAAAUCAAGUUGAACUCCUUAAAAAUGACCAUCACGAUAUUGGCGGUAAAUUGAUAAAGUUGGUAUAUAAUGAAAACAAACAAAAAUGCGUGGUGCUAAAAGUCAUCGGGAAAACAUACUAUCCAUUCAUUUAUCCGUUUAUAAAAAACGUGGCUGUAAACAAUGAUAAUAAGUCUAUGGAAAAUGCGUUUUUGUUUUUCAAAACAAAAAAAGAACAUUUUUUCUCAACAAAAAGAAUUGCAUCAGUCAUUUUAUUUGUAUGCUUUUUGGUAAUUAUUACUGGAGCUGGCAUUUUUGUUUUUACAAAGAAAAGAAACGAAGAACCCCAGGAUUUAAAUAUUGUUGAGGCGGUUGCAGUGGUUCAAAAUCAUGAAGAUCUAAAAAACAAAAUUGAUAAAAAGAAUGAAAACGAGAAAAAAAAUGAAAACGAGGGUGUCUACACAAAUUUAGUAUUGACCGAAGCUUGUCAAGGCGAGUACAGCACUUUAACGUUGUCUGUUCAAACUAUCCAAUCAAACUUUGUUUGCCAGCAACCUACUAGUUUAAAGGUAGAUGAAAAAAGUACAAGCGUAAUUCAAGAACAUUUCUACUUCGAAAUCGAACCAGAAGUUAAUAUUACUACUUGAAAUAAUUAAAACAUUUAUUUUUUACACAAGAUUUUCAAAGUAAAAUUAAGUGCAAAAAGUGACCAAAUAUAAUAACUGAAAUCAAUUGAAAGAAUGGAAGAAAGUGUUUUCAAGGAUAAAGAUUUUUUACAUAAUACUAAACCGGGCUUUAUCAGUAGAAUUUACAAUCGAAGCUAGUUGAUCCAGCAAUACAAAAUUAAAAACAGUUAUUUGUUAUUCUAAAUGUAUGCGCUCAUUUAACAAGCAGAAUCACUUAUUUACUACAUAUAAUAUCAAACCACAUUUGCAAUUAUCUGUAAGUAUAAAACUCAUAGCUAUCAGUUGGAUUAGUUUUCAUAAACCAUAUACUAGCAUGUAAAUAUACAAAAUGUAAUCUGUUUUGGGACAUGCGUUCUUGUAAAACUUUGAACUGGUGUUUGAACUGGUGUUUGGCGAAAACUUUAAAUAAUUAAAACUUAUAACGC